UUUUCCAAGCGUAUCAUGGAAUGAAAUCCAAGGUCAGGCCCUAGACCUUGACAUGACAUACCAAUCACUGCACUAAACGAGAAUCAAUUCAAUUCCAGACUUCAUUCAGUCUGACUCAGAAUAGCGCAAGGCGUAGAAAAGUAUUUGUCAUCUCGCGAAGUUCUAAAAUCAUCGACAUGUCGUCUCCAAAAGCUGCUUUGGUAAAAGAGUUAAUUUCCAGUGACAAAGUUGUCAUUUUUUCGAAAACCUACUGUCCAUAUUGCAAGCUGGCUAAAGAGGUUUUCGAUAAACUCCAACAAAAAUACACUGCCAUCGAAUUGGAUGAAAGAAGCGAUGCUGAGGAAAUACAGUUAAUACUAGGCGAAAUGACAGGUGCAAAGACGGUGCCUAGAGUCUUCGUAAAGGGAGAGUGUUUAGGAGGCGGGUCUGACGUAAAAGCCCUAUACGAUAACGGAAAAUUAAUGCAUUAUUUCAAUGCUCCAUAAUUAAAGUAUAUGUAAAGGU